AUGAGAAUCUCGACAAUCACUACCACAGUGGCACUGCUACUACCAGUCUCUGUCGUUGCGGCGCCGACACUUGAACAGCGCUGGUCUUCUCCCUCCUUCUGGGCCUCACACUCUGGACACGUUCCAUCAACUCGUCGCGGCUGCGAUUACGCCCUUNGCGACUUGUCGAAAGCCAAGUUGCCUCAAGCUCCGACACCUCUCCCACUACCAUCCUACAACUUGAGCUUGAGUCACGUCUCUAUUGGACGUGGCACGCAGAACUACACCUGCGAUCUCUCCAACAGUACAGCGAUCCCAGUAGCCGUGGGCGCAACGGCAUCACUCUACAAUGUUUCCUGCAUUGCUGCCAACCAUCCUGCCUUGCUCUCAAUGAUCCCUGGUAUCGCCAUCAAUCUACCUUUGCCUUCUUCCUCUUCUGUCAUGUCGCCAAUCAACAUGGACCUGGCGGGUCACCAUUACUUCUUGGAUGCGACUACGCCGUUCUUCAACUUGGACACGCAGAUGCAUUCAUACGGGACUGGAGCUUUCAAGAAAGUCAAUGGCACAUCUGCGCCGCAAGGAGCUAUCAUCGGUGUGGACGGGGCGGGUAUGGGGGCUGUGCCAUGGCUCAAGUUGACGGAAAAGAUUGGAGUCGAGGGAAGCCAAAAGUUGAAGGAGGUGUUCCGUGUCAACACUGCUGGAGGGCAGCCACCUGCUACAUGUCAAGGCCAGCAAGAGAGUAUUCUUGUUGAGUAUGCAGCCGAGUAUUGGGUUUAUGUUUGA